AUGGUAAAGGACCAAGUCCUCUGUCCCAUUUGCCUGGAGGUGUUCCACAACCCAGUCACCACCGCCUGCGGCCACAACUUCUGCAUGGCCUGCCUCCAAGGAUUCUGGGACCAUCAGACUGCCAUGGGUGAGAUACCCUACUGUCCCCAGUGCCGACAGAGUUUUCCCUCCAGGCCCCGUCUCUGCAAGAAUGUCAUCCUUGGGGAGAUGGUGGCCUGCUUCAUCCAGAACAAGGGCCAGGUCUCUAGGUCCUUGCAGAACGUGGCUGGGCCAGGGGACGUGCCCUGUGACUUCUGUUCCCCACAGAAGUUCAAGUCGGUCAAGUCGUGCCUGCAGUGCGUGGCCUCCCUCUGUGAGAGGCAUCUGAGCAGCCACUUUGAGGAUGAGGUGUUCCAGGGCCACCAGCUGCUGGAGCCCAUGUGGGACAUCAAGAACCGCGUGUGCCGUAAGCACCGCAAGCUCCGCCGGCUGUACUGCCGCACGGAAGGGUGCUGCGUGUGCGGCGCCUGCCUGCUGGAGGGACACAAGAACCAUGACACUGUCCCCUUGGAGGAGGAGCGCGCCUGCAAGGAGGUCGAAGUUCGGAAGGUCCAGGCUAACGUGGAGAACCAGAUGUCGAUCAUUGCCUCUGAUAACCAGAAGCACCAGGGGCGGGUGGCCUCACUCUCGAAACUGACCCAGACAAUGCGCAAUGAAGUGAACACCUGCUUCUUGGAGAUCAUCCAAGAGAUCAAACAGCUGCAGGUGAAGGUGCUGGAGUUCGUGGAGAGAGAGGAGGCCGCGGCUCUGGGAAAACUGGGCAGCUCCAUCCAGCAGAGCCACAGUCGGCUCCUGGAGCUGGAAGGGGACAGCAUCUGGCUCCGCGCCCUGCUCACCAACCAGAGCGACCAGCAAUUUUUGCAGGAGUUCCCCAGGCUGAAGCACUUCCCAGCCCCCGUAGAGCCCCUGAUGGGCACCAGCUUCGAGGAGAAAGAGAGCUUCCUCCAGAUGCCAGAGACAUUGGUGGAGCUCCAGACCCAGCUGGUGGGUGUGGGUCUCAGCUUCCUCAACCGGCUCCUCCUGAAGGGCAUUAAGAUGAACUCCUACGAGGUGUUGCCCCCAGCUGUGGACAGGAAAACACUCCUCAAGUCCUACUGUAACCUGAACUUCGAUCCGGCCACGGCCAGCGCCGAGCUGUUCCUGUUCAAGGAGACGCACUCGGUGCUGAACCUGGGCAUCCUGCUGGAGCCCGCGGCGGCCGGCGGCCCCUGGCCCGGCUUCACGCAGUGGCCGCAGGUGCUGUGCUCGCGCGGCCUGGCGGAGGGCCGUCACUACUGGGAGGCCGACGUGUCCGACUCCUGGGUGUGCCUGGGCGUCACCUACCGCCGCGGAGGCCCCCUGCCCUGCGGCCCCCCGCGCCGCAGCAUCGUCUACCUGCUGGGCCGCAACCCGGACUCGUGGUGCCUGGAGUGGGACUCGCUCCAGUUCUCCGUGUGGCACGACAACAGGCAGACGGUGCUGCCUGGCGCCUACCAGCGCACCCUCGGGGUGGCGCUCGACUGCGCCGCCGGCUGCCUGGCCUUCUACGGCGUGGCGGGCGGCGCCAGCCUCAUCUACCGCUUCCUCGCCACCUUCCUGGAGCCGCUUUACCCCGCCGUCAUGGUCAGCAGCGGCGCCUCGGUCACGCUCAAGCAGUGCCCCGAGCCCUAG